UUUCUCUCUCUCUUUUUGUUUCCAUCUUUCCUCUGACCCUGGGCUAAAUACAGAAUCAUCCCCUUACAGUAUUUACAUUUGUCUCUUUAUGUUCCAUGUUCAAAUCUUGCCAGAGUAUCUGUUACCACUCUGGGGUCAACAUAAUCUGUACCAGUAAUAUCCAGGGGUUUAUUUCAUAAACUGUUCUCCCUCUCCUCUCUGAUCCUUGUCUUAUUACUGUUGGACAAACUACCUUGUGGUAUUUAUUUACGACUCUUUAUGUUCUGAGUUCAAAUCCUGCCAAGGUCAACUUGUCCUUCCAUUCUUACAAUACCAGUCAUGUACUGGUGUCCAUAUAAUUAACUGUAGCCCUUCUUUCCCACCUAAAUUUCAUGUUUAUAUAACAGUUGUUCAUUGUACCAUAUAUACAUUUGUGUUUACACAGUACAAAAAUGAUAUAUACACACCUGAGUAGAGUGUGUAGUGAAUAAAUAUGUGUGUGUGUGUAAUAAUUGCUGUAAUUAGGUUGUGAUGACCUAAUUACAUUUGUUUUCUCUAAUGACCUAAUAACUAUUAAUUAUCUUAAUCUCUGUAAUGUUUGUAUUUUUCAUGUUUUUCUUUCCUCUUUCCAUAACUUUCAGCCAAUGCUCUGAUGUGGUGACUUUGAUGCUGUCCCAGACGGUUUCACUGAAACUGGACAUGAAGAACCAUAUCGAAAUGACACCAUUGCUUGAAGCUGUCUCCCGGGGUCACCUCGGAAUAACGCACCGGUUAAUAGCCCUGGGUGCAAACAUAAAUGCUGUUGACGGUGAAGGGAAUAACUGUUUGCACCUUGCUAUGGAAAGAGAUGCGUUUAAUUCCGAGGGUGCACCCCUGGAUAUUUUAGAUGAGUGCUGCACUGAGCUCAGCUUGAGAAAGGACGAAAGGCUCUCUGGCAUUGUGGUUACCAGAUAUUUAGCCAAACAGGGAGCCGAUUUUUACCAUAAAAAUGACAAAAAUAACGCACCAUUGGACCUCGUUAGAAACGCAAAGCUGAAAACAAAAUUACAAACAAUUUUACCACCACAAUGUUUUUGGUGCGGACAUAGAAAGGCCACAACAAAAGUCCACCCAUGUGGACACCUUGUGACAUGUGAAGAAUGUUCAAACACUCCAUUUAAACGAUGUCUGAGGUGUUUAAAACCUGUAACAAGUAGAGGUCAAGUUGGUAAGAAUACUCUUUGUUGAUCUGUCUGUUUGUCCUGCCUGUCUCAUUGACUUUAUUGUGUAGAGUAAUGUACUUUAUGUUGUUGUUGGCACUCCGUCGCUUACGACGACGAGGGUUCCAGUUGAUCCGAUCAACGGAACAACGUGCAAGUGGCUGAGCACUCCACAGACACGUGUACCCUUAACGUAGUUCUCGGGGAUAUUCAGCGUGACACAGAGUGUGACAAGGCUGACCCUUUGAAUUACAGGUACAACAGAAACAGGAAGUAAGAGUGAGAGAAAGUUGUGGUGAAAGAGUACAGCAUGGUUCGCCACCAUCCCCUGCCAGAGCCUCGUGGAGCUUUAGGUGUUUUCGCUCAAUAAACACUCACAACGCCCGGUCUGGGAAUCGAAACCGCGAUCCUAUGACCGCGAGUCCGCUGCCCUAACCACUGGGCCAUUGCGCCUCCACUGUUGUUGUAUAGACACAGUUAAAAUUAAAGAUUAUCAGCAACAACGUUUAACAAAAGAAUUAGGUAUAUGCUUAUCCAUCUUGAAGUGGUUGUGACAUGUUUGUUGCUAGAUCUUUGAUGAAUAACUUGUUUGACCCCGGUAUACAACUGGUACUUAAUUUAUCGACCCUGAAAGGAUGAAAGGCAAAAAUCAACCUCUGUGGAAUUUGAACUCAGAACGCAAAGACAGACGAAGGGUACAAAGGGUUUUGUCCGAAAAGAAGAAAACAUUCGUGUAAACAAAUAUACAACAGCGAAUGAUAUAACAAAUAAAACUCCCAAUAGGGGGAGGCGCUUAAAAGGUUACACGUGGAAAAACCCAUAAAAGCCACGGGAGCCUGGUCAGUAAAUAAAAAGGGGUAGAGAGCCCUUUCUCCUUUUACAUUACCUUUUUUCUACAGGUGUAAUAAUAAUAAUGAUAAUACACAA